AUGGAGCCCUACCACACUCCCCAGGUUCCUGGUCUCCAGCCACAAAAUCAAGCCAAGCUACGCGAGGUUUUAAGUUCCCAAGGUUACCCGCUAACUCGCCCUCUCGAUAGAUACGAUUACCUCUUCAAGCUCCUCCUCAUCGGAGAUUCCGGUGUUGGAAAGUCUUGCCUUCUGUUGCGAUUUGCCGAUGACACCUACACCGAGUCGUACAUCUCAACCAUCGGUGUUGACUUCAAAAUCCGAACUAUCGAGCUUGAUGGAAAGACAGUGAAGUUGCAGAUUUGGGAUACUGCUGGCCAAGAACGAUUCCGGACUAUCACUUCCUCUUACUACCGAGGUGCUCACGGUAUCUGCGUUGUCUACGACGUCACCGACAUGGACAGCUUCAACAACGUCAAGCAAUGGCUGCAGGAGAUUGACCGAUACGCUACCGAAGGUGUCAACAAGCUGCUCGUAGGCAACAAGAGCGAUAUGUCGGACAAGAAGGUUGUCGAGUACACAGUUGCGAAGGAGUUCGCUGACAGCCUUGGCAUCCCGUUCCUCGAGACUUCGGCCAAGAACGCUUCCAACGUCGAACAAUCUUUCUUGACCAUGGCCCGACAAAUCAAGGAGCGCAUGGGAACCCAGUCUACCACGAACACCAAGCCUGGCGUUCAAGUCGGCCCCGGACACAGCGUCUCCAACUCGUCCAGCGGUGGCUGCUGUUAA